UUAAAGAGCUAGGUGUGCGUGUGUGAGAGACAGACGGGGAGGCUGUGAUCGCAAUGCGCGUCCUUUUGUUUUUAUUUCUGGCGACUCGUGCAAAGGUUGUGGAAAUCUCCGAGGGGUUGAAAACGAGUCCCACCAAGCGCGGGACUUGGUUACUUUGGGAGAAGGAGAGAAGCGAAAGAGAUGAACAAGCAAAAGGUUCCUGGCCCCAAACUGUUAUAUGUUGCAAGAGUUAAAGGGGCAAGAAAGAUGUUUUUUCUGGAGUCCUCGAUCAAGGUAACUUAGCUGUGGCAUCACUUCCAGCAAGAAUGGCCAGUGGAACUACAGUUUUCAUCCCCUCUAAUGGAGCCAACAUAAUUCAAAUGGCUCCUGGAUUGUCCAGUGUUGCUCUUCAGACAUCUGGAGCAACUCCAUAUCCCCAGUAUGGAGCUCAGCAAAUUCCCACCAAUGCUCCACAAGUCCCACAAAAGAGUCCUUUGGAGAGAUUCCUCAAGGCUGAGCCCAAAGUACUUGGGGCUGUCCAAAUAUUGAUUGGGUUGAUCCACAUCAGCUUUGAGGCUAUCUGGGUUUCUUCACGUUAUCGUGACUCCAUCCCCAUCUUUUCUCGGGUUGCAGGUUACCCCUUUUGGGGGGAUAUUUGUAAGUAUUUUCUUUCUUCUGGAUCCCUUUGUGUAUCAGCUGCCAACCGCCAAAAUCAUGGUUUGGUGAAAAUCAGUGCAGGAAUGAACAUCACAAGUGCUAUAAUCUCAUUAAUUGGUAUCUUCCUGUACAUAGGCGAUCUGCUAAUGUAUUCUGAGAGUUAUCGCAGUCAAUAUGCCACUGACCGUUUAUUCAGUGUUAGUUGUGGCUUCUCUAUUGUGCUGCUCUUGUUCAGUAUGCUGGAAUUUUGCAUCACUGUUUCCCUGGCUCACUUUGGGUGCCAGGCAGCUUGCUGUAUUGAUGGCCAGCCAUCGGUGCUUUUUAUGCCUUACCAAGUCAUCGGAGGUAGAGCAGUCACAGCUGAACCAAAUCCUCCUACUCCACUACCGACUUAUGAUAACAUGGAUACCAAAUCUCAGUAAAACAAGAGGAAAUAUGAGAAUUGUUGGCAAAAGCGGUUUCGGGAGCAAUGCAUUUCAUACUACU